ACCCUGCCGAAAACUUCAAUUCCCAUUUGAUACCGCCGACCACCAUCGAGUCUAAUGGGCCAUGCCAUGUUACAGUCCCUCGGCACCCGGCGCUUAUGAGCGUCUCCUGACACGUUGGGCGCUUAGAGAUGAUACCCAAAUCUUUAUGAAACAGGAUCGACCCCAUCAUUGUGUAGAUUCUUGUUCUUCUACCUCAUUUCUAAUACAUAGUAGUCUUAUCUCCUCGAAAAUGCUUUCUUCUGUGCGGCGCAUCUUUCGUUCUAAAUCCAAAUCAGAUACAACUCCUAGUGAUGUUAAGGAGAACCCAACUCCAGAGCCAUCACCAGAGCCAGUUGCUCAAACCCGUACAACAUUCUAUUACUCUGGUAUACAGACAUUCCAUAGCACCGAAAGUGAUAACAUCGACAUCGUCUUCGUUCAUGGAUUGAAGGGAGAUUGUCAAAAAACGUGGACGGACAAAAGUUCAGGAAAUCCGUGGCCUAAAACACUCCUUCCUCUGGAGAUUGAGACUGCACGUAUUCUUACUUAUUCUUAUGAUUCAACUGUCAUCGGUAAGGAAGAUGUUCCUUCGCAGAAUCGGAUCUCCAAUCAUGCAUACAAUCUCGUGACUGCUCUCGCAUCACUUCGGCAGAGCGAUAACACAAAUGAACGACCUAUUAUAUUUGUCUGCCACAGUCUGGGCGGACUUGUUUGCCAGGAUGCACUCGUUACAGCAAAGCAACGCUCUGAACAGCACCUUCAAGAUAUAGUCAACUUUACUCGUGGUGUCAUCUUCCUCGGCACACCACAUCGUGGAUCAAGCCUCGCCAAAAUCGGAGAAUUGGUCUCGCGCUCCGUCGGAUUGAUCAAAGAGACCAACAGCGAUAUUGUCCAAGUUCUUACAAGAGACUCCGAAGUCCUAGCCCGAAUUCAGGACAGCUUUCAGGCUCUUCUCAUGACGCGUAGCAAAGAUGAGGCCAGCAUGAUAGACAUUACAUGUUUCUAUGAAGAGCUUCCGACAAAACGAUUCGGAGUGAUCGUUCCUAAGCAUUCGGCUAUCCUGCCCGGAUACAUCUCAAUCGGCAUACAUAAGAAUCAUGCUGAGAUGACCAAGUUUUCUAAUUCUGAUGAGCCUGGAUUUGUGGCCAUAUGCAGAGAGCUUAGGCGUUGGAUGAAGAGGAUCCAGCAACCACAGUCCAAGCCUCAGAAGCACUCUCAUGUUGCACAUUGCCUUAUUCCAUAUACUUUCAACCCAGAUUUUGUCGGAAGAUCCGAGAUACUUUACCUACUGAAGAGUCAACUUGGAGAUCUAGAACCCCAGUCUCAUAGCAGGGGCCAUCAAAGAGCUGCGCUUUGUGGUCUUGGUGGAGUUGGAAAGACCCAAAUCGCAUUGUCGUAUGCAUAUUGGGCUCAAGAGGUUUCUCAAGAUACAUCAGUGUUUUGGGUUCACGCCAGCAGCGUCGAAAAGUUCUCCGAAGGUUACACCAACAUCGCCAACGAGUGCAAGAUACCUGGGCAUGAGGACCCAACUUUCGAUGUUUUACAAGUUGUCCAAGACUGGCUGGGGAGCAAGGAGAGUGGACCGUGGUUGAUGGUUAUUGAUAACGCUGAUGACUUGCAACUUUUCUUCCCCCAGAAUGAAUCUUCCAAGAUGAAACCAAACACUGAUAAGAGCUUAAGCCAGUUCAUACCGCAAUGUGCUCACGGCAGAGUUCUCAUCACGACGAGGAAUAUGCAAGUAGGCUCAAGACUUACAAAGGGCAAAUAUCCUAUCGAAGUAGGCCAAAUGAGCGAUCAAGAGGCGUGUCAGCUUCUCCGUCAAGGCAUACAUCAAGAGGAUGAAUCGGAAAAGGACCUGCUUCAACUCUCAUCCCGUCUGGAAUUUCUUCCUCUAGCAUUGGUGCAAGCAGCUGCCUUCAUACAAGAGAACUCCAUCACGGCCAACGAAUACAUCGAGCUCUUGGACGGAAGCGAAAACGAUCUUGUUGACCUUCUGAAUGAAGAUUUCGAGACUGUCGGGAGAGAUGCUGAUACUCCUCACGCGGUUGCUCAGACUUGGAUGCUGUCGUUUCAACAGAUAGAAAGACAGUACCCCUUCGCCAGUGAGCUCCUGUCACUGAUGUGUUUGUUCGAUCGUCAAAAAAUACCUCUUGAUUUCGUCGACUUUCACGCCAAAGAGAAUCUACCUGCAGGGUCAAACAUCAAAAUGCAACUUGUCAAGGCCCUUGGGAUUCUGAAGGCAUUCUGCUUCAUCCGGGCAGAGAAGGGUGGCGAUCAUUCUAUGCAUCGUCUGAUCCAGUUAGUCACACGAACUUGGUUGGUGCGAAAAGGAAGCAUAGCCGAGUUCACAAGACACGCCGUUUUGGCAGUGUCGGACUUUUAUCCCUUUGCAGACUUUGAUGAUGUUGAAUGGUGGUUCGAAAAGUUGACGACAUGUACUAAUUAUCUUUCCCAUGCAAAUGCUGUCCUUGAAGCUCAGAUAAUUGAAACUGAGGAAGACAGACUUAUCAGGGCUUCUUUGCUUCACAGAGUUGGGUCAUUCUUCUGUCACCAAGGUCGCCACAGAGAAGCAGAAAGAUUGAGGCGAGAGGGACUGGACAUCCGAAGAGAGUUACUCGGCGAAGAUCACCUAGAGACUCACGUCCUCAUCUCCGACCUCGCGUGCUCGCUGGCAGACUUAGGUUGUUACGAGGAAUCCGACAGUUUACUGACUGGCCUUAUUGAGACCUUGAAACGUCUCCAUGGCGACGAAGACGAGCAGACACUUGAUGCCAUGGCUAAUUUGGCAGUCCACUUAUCGAAUCAAGAUAGAAUCGAUGAAGCAAUAGCGUUAGAUCGCCACGUGUUGGAGGUUAGAAAACGGAUACUUGGAGAAGAACACAUGGAAACAAUCCGAGUGAUGGACAACCUGGCAGUCCAUCUUGAAGGGGAAGAGGCGGAAGAACUGCAUAGACGGGUUAUAGAAGUAAAGAUCAGAACCAUGGGUGAAGAACAUCCCUCGACCGCUCACAGCAAGGCAAACCUAGCUAUGACAUUCUUUAAUGGGGAUGAAAUGGGGAAGGCAGAAGACCUUUUCCUUGAGGCAUUCGAGGUCGAUAAAAAGAUUCUUGGCGAAGAUCAUCCCACAACCCUUCGGGUCAUGGCCAACCUUGGAAGUGUUUGGUUAUUGUUUGGUCAAAGGUUCUUAAACGACAGGCACCUGUACCCUGAUGUCGACAUGCUUGGAGAUGCGAGAAGACUUUUUGAGGAAUGUCUCAGGCUUCAGAUAAAGCGACUUGGGCCAGACGACAGCGAAACAAUUGAGACACGUAAGUUGUUGGAUGAGUGCCUAGAGGCGAUGGAGGUUGCGGAUCUUAUGGACGCAGAAGCAAAGGCAGAGGCAGAGGCAGGGGGCGCAAUGAUCAGAUAUAUCGAUGAAUUAUAUUGAUGGAUUCAAAAUUGAAAGUCACGACAGAUCUGUUUCGAGUCGCGGCGUAACAAAUGCAAUGCUCUCUAUUGGCAGAUGCGUUAUGAUAUGGAUCUGAUGAAACCUCUUUCCACCACCGUGGUCUAUGACAAAAGCGCAAGUAUUCUCGGCAUCUUUCAUUAGGU